AUGACAAGUUCGACCUUACGAAAUCCAGGUGCCGUGAAAUUGACUCUGGCCAUGUUUCUGCAGACUUGUUACCUCCUAGGAGUGGUCAAGUCUAUUGGUGUCUAUUUACCGGCCUUAGAACGGGAUUUAGGUACUACCUCAACAGCGAUUGGCGUCUCUCUUGGGUUCUUCUACGCCUUUGCAUUUGGUCCGGGGCCAUUGGUGGCGUACCUUUACCAAAGACUCCGUGGCGGUUAUCGAAGGUGUCUUGUGAUGACUGGGGCAGCGUUAGCAACAGCAGGAAUCAUACUGACAUCUUUAGUCAUCAAUGGUGUUCAACUAGCCAUUUGCCUUUCUGUGGCCGGGCUCGGUUCCAGCAUUAUGUCGAUUUCGCUUAUAAUCACCCUGAAUAAUCAGUCCGGAGAUGCCUUUGGAAUCUUCUACGGCAUUGGCAAAUCAGGAUAUGCCUUCGGGAUGGCCCUUGUGCCACUACUUGCUGAAUACCUGAUGGGAAUCUACGGCUGGAGAGGGUCCUUAUUGAUCAUAGGAGGCAUCAUGGCACACCUGAUACCUUUGGUAUUGAUGGUGGGUCUCGACGUAGAGGGCGUCUCAAGGAUUGACCAUGACAAUUCACAACAAAAUGAACGAAUGACUGGCGAACCCUUAGAUACGAAGACCGAAGUAACAAGUCCUUGCACAUCAGGAAUGCAGACAGUGCCCCUUCAUCAUUUGGAUAAAGCACAAGCAGAGACAAUUUACACCGACGUUGACAACUUCACCUCGCUGGAGGAAUCCACUGCAGAGACAAGCGAAUGUACAUCUUUACUAGUACAGGGGUCAUCCACUGGUAAACGGGAUAAGGACGUAAUUUGUAAAAAGUACGAUUUGCAUAAUGAGAAAGGGUGUAGCAUGAUAAGUCAAACGAUUUGUUGUGAUCUUUACGCCUCUGGUCGCCGAAUCGUCAAUGACUCCAUCUACAAUCAAGACCGUUUGAUGAUCCUUCUUAUGUUCCUCGAUCUGGUGUACUCCAUUCUAUGUGGUGGUUGGUUCUCCUUCCUCAUCCCACGCGCCGUGGCACUGAUUGGUAAACCUACAUCCAGGGCAUUAAGUAUUGCUUACUCAGCGGCUGUUGCAACCUUCAUUGGCCGCUGCUCCAGCGGAAUACUCGUGGGGUCCAAACUAUUCGAAGGGAAAUACCUGUUUCUUUUACUAAAUUUACUCAACAUCACGUCAAUUCUUGUAGAUAUAUUUGUUCCGAAAUUUCUUGUAAUGAUUGUGACGUCAUUCAUUACGUCACUGACGAUUUCUGGGAGAAGCGUUCUAUUUUUGGUGAUUUGUAAGGACAGAGCUGACCAUUCUCACUUUCCAGUCAUACUGGCCUCUUUUGAAAUUGUUUCUGGAAUCGGAACUUUCAUCGGAUCUUCAUUUGCUGGUUAUGUGGCACAUGUGGCAGGAACAUUCAACGCCUCGUUUAUGCUCAUCGCAGCAUUUGAUGUCCUGGGGUUCUGUCUGAUGCUUAUUACAAUAAUCAUAGACAAGUAUCAGGAGCAUAACUUUGAUUGA